CUGACUUAUCGUUAAUUGACAACAAGCACUUUUACUCCUACGGAAGCGGAAAAUUUUCUCCAGCUACAGUAGUUACUACGCCUUCUAACUGACGAUGCAGUGACUAUUAAUAUUUGCCGUAAGCUGCUUAUAUAAUGAUAAUGUUGUCGCAAAGAAGUUUUCGCAUAAAGAUAACCACGUCUUGUCAGACGAGGAAAAAUGAAGGCACAUCAAGGCCGGGCCCGAAUACGUACAUUUUUUUACCGCUGUGAACUGUUGCAUGGAGCAUAGUUCGGGGACAAUUGUGAUUUUGAUUACCCAUUUUGAUUUAUAACUUUACCUUCUGCUGCACAAUACCGCGGAUUUAUGGAGACUAAUUCUCAGUUAAAUUAUUCUCCCAGCUCAAGCGUCGGCAAUGAUUUAUACUAUUUCCCGAGGAACAUGAGCAAGCACCAGGAAUCCACGGCAGUGCGAUGGAAACAUCUGCAGCUCAGUCGCGCCAAACUCAAAGCCAGCAGUCGCACAUCGGCUCUUCUCAGCGGGUUCGCUAUGGUGGCCAUGGUUGAAGUGCAGAUUGAUAAGGACGUCUCGCGACCACCAGAACUGGUCAUCGCGUUCUGCGUGUGCACCACCCUAUUGGUAGCCUGCCACAUGCUGUCCCUGAUGAUCAGCACCUGCAUCCUGCCCAAUCUGGAAGCGGCCUCCUCCACCAAGGACUCUGUCUGGGAAUCGCCUCACGAGCGGAUGAAAUACUACAUUGAAGCGUCGUGGAUCUGCAGUACCCUGCUGGGUUUGAUUUUGUUCCUGGUGGAUGUGGGGCUGCUGUGCUGGGUGAAAUUCCACGAUCUGCCCAGUGCGCAGUACGCGUCGGCGGCCAUCAUUGCGCCGUUGAUCCUGUUGUUCCUGAUUUUUGCCAUCCACUUCUACCGCUCCCUGGUGGCGCAUGUGAAUGAGCGGAUUGCGCAUAAAGUCGACGAUCUGGAUAAGGAGAUGGAACGGCUGCGGCAUGAUGUGGUGUAAUCAAAUGGACCAAGCGGAACAAUAAAUUAAGGGAAAAUAAUUCCGGAUGUCUAUUAUUGGCUGGGUGCUUCCUGUUGAUUUGUCUUCCGGUGUGGGGAUGGAUUGAUCUGCCGGAUGGGUUUCAUCACAUUUUUAUUGUGUUUUCGGGUUUCAGUCGGGUUUUUCUGUUUAUAAUUUUUGCCGUGGUCGGUUUUCGCGGCGGUUGACGAAAUCCGUGUUAUAUGCCCUUUUUGUCUUUCACCUUUCCGGUUUCUGUUUGUAAAAGAAAAACUUUUGUGGAUCUCAAAAUUAUGCGAAGUAAUAAAACGCCCCUGUCUG